CCGUAAUCCGCCAUCUUGUUGUAGGUCGUGAACUGAAGCUGUUUGUGUCAUUUUAUUAUGUAUAUUGUGCGUGUGAAUGUUUAAAUUUUAAAAUAUCAAUUUGUGAUUUUGGUGAAAACGGCUAGUAAAUGAACAACAGCAGCCACAAACACGAUGGCUCUCAUUCAGCCGGAUCUUCACAUGCAACACCAGCUACUAAUGGUACAAAAAAUGUUACAAACAAUAAAAAAUCAGAUACAUGUAGAGAUUACAUGUGGGGAAAAUGUACGAAAGGUAGUUCCUGUAGAUUUAGACAUGAAUUGGACUUUGAGAAAAUAAAAAAAACUGUCAAGUUCUGUCAUGAUUAUCAAAACAGAGCACCAUGCACCAGGGAAGUUUGUACAUUUAUCCAUGCCACAAAGGACGAAGAGACAUUAUUUUUAACCACGGGUAAACUGCCUAAAGUUCUAGCAGAGAGACAUGCCAAUAUGUCUAUGUCUUCAGCUGAAACAAUACCGCAGAUUGCUAUAUAUAUUCAAGAGUCUUUAGCUGGGCCACCACCACCACCACCACCUCCACAAGCAGCACCACAGCCAUCUUCUGUUAAAGGACCCCAAGUUACGUAUAAUAUGGGACAAAUGGCUUCACCAAUGCAGCCAGGAAUGGGUAUGGGGUCUUUGCACAUUGGACCAAUGAAUAUGGGGCAUAUACCACCACAAAUGAUGUCAAUGCCGGGACCUUCUAUGGUUGCUCCACCACCUCCAGCAAUUCCAAUGCAACAUUUACCUCCUCCUCCACCUCCACCUCCAACUCAGAGCUCUACUAGAUCUUCACUGACAACACCUCCAGUUUAUACAGCACCUACGCCACCAACUAUGAGGGUUUCGUUAAAUCAAGAGCUAUCACGACCUGCAACUCCAAAACUCAAUAUGGACAGGUUUGAUCCAAGUAAGCCACCUCCACCCUUCGUACCAAAUACAAGUUUAAAGCGUCCUACCGUUAGUGAUAGUAUGAAAGCCGGUCCCAGUAAAAUCAGAAAGGAAGAGGAAGCCAUUGUCGAUGACUCUGCGUGCGAUCCGUGUCGUCAACGACAAAUAAGAAUCGACGUAUAUCAAAAAGAAACAGAUAAAAUAUAUGCUCGUGUUGAAUUUCAAAAAUUAAUUCACAAAAAGAAAUACGAGGAAUUUCAACGUAAAGAGGAGAUAUUAAAAAUCCUAUUAAACCCUGAAAUAUAUAAAAUUAUUGAGGAUUUGUUGUUGAAUGAGGAUGGCCCGCAAGUACAAGAAUCUGAUAAUCAAAAUGCUAUUGGCGAUUUAACACCUCCAAGAACAGUAGAAUCUCUAGGUACAUUGAUGACUAGGCCUAGUGUAAAUAGUUCAAUUCAAAAUUCUUUAUUAUUUGCGGAACAUUUACGUGACGGUAACAAAAAAAGGGAUGACCAAUCUGAAUAUAACCAUAAUAACACAUACCAUGAAGAAACACGAGCAUCAUAUAGCCAAAGUUUAUCGGUUCCUACUACAAGCAAAACUCAAAGUUCGAAUCCUGGCAAAAAUGUUCCGACCACAGCUACACCUUCAUACUUCUAUUAUAAUAUGCCGCCGCCUAUAACAAGACCGUUCAUGACGCCAUCGACCUCUAUAGCUCCGACUGCAGGUGCAUCAUUGAUGGCAUACCAACAUAAUGGAAUGCAGGGACCUUCACAGGCUAUGACAAAGCCAUCACCGUCUGGUCCGCCUCCACCAUCCAAGCCAAACAAUCUAUCAAAUCAAAACUCGGCUCCAUACCCUCCGCCGACGUCUUAUUAUAAUUCUUAUCAAUAGCAUUGGGAUAAUGUUGCAUGCAUGGUGGGCGGGAGCUAGCGUCGUUGACAGGUGUAAAUAUGUAAACGUUAUUUUAAGAUUAAGCUAAUUUUAAGAAAUAACUGAAUUUGACUUAUGUUUCAAUGUGAUACAAUCUGAAUUUCUAAAAGACCAUUAGUUCGUUGACGUGUACAGUACGGAUAUUAUCGACAUAAAAUCCAUACUGUUUAAAUAUGAUUAAAUGUAAUAGUUUUAAAAGUAUGUAUUUGGUUACUCUCAAGAUAUGCCGUUAUAAUGUGACAUGUAAAUUAUCUUUACAUUAUGAUUUUUUAUGAAUUACAAUUUCUUUUUACCGUAAUUAAGAUCGAAUAUUCGAUUGUCGAUCGAGCUGUUACGGUCCCAAUUCACGUGUGAUGUCACUAUAUAACAUAUAUUAUUGUUUUCGUAUCGCUAUAUAGCGCCUACUUCGCAAUAAUUAUAAAUACAAGAGUUAACACAGGUAUAUCUCCUCAAGUGCCUUGAAACAGCGAAACAAGGUGCGAUGUAAGCAAAAGCAAUGCGUGUUGAUUUUUCUAUAAAAUAGGUUUAAGAUAUUGGAUAUAAAUAAGGAUAUCACAAUUAGAAUUUGCUUAUGAAUUUGUGAUUCAAUAGAGUUAUGAUCGCAUUACGGCCGUUUAUCCAUCGCCGCCGUCACCGAGAACGAGAUAAUUUCGGGCCGAGUUUAAAAUGACGUGACGGCGAUCGUGUGUCAACCGCGCCAAUAUAUCAGUGGCUCAGUCCUAGAGCUUUGUCGUGCAUGGUAGUCGCAUUUCCUUCUUAGUAGAAAUUACAGAAACUAGGAGGAUGGCUAGUUCCAACCGGCGACAAUUGUUUCUUCUGCUUUUGUAGAUUCGAACUCGUAGGCGAUGCAAAGAAUUUUGAAUUUAUCCGCUAAUACAUGAACGAUCGUUCACAGGAUCGUUUUAUGUACUUCACAGUAAGUUGCGGAAUAAUGAAUGCAAGUUUUUUAACUACUAUAAGAUGUCCCGUCUUUACUCUCUACAACUUCAAUUAAUGCAUAAAUAUCGUAUUUGAUAAAAUAGCUUUUACACAUUAAGAAAAACAGUUUUUG